CAGCCGGCCCCUCCUCCUGACCUCGACUCGCCACGCAGCUCCUACCUUUUCGGACCCAUCCCAGCGCACCGUCCUCCCGGAACUACAUUUCCCGACAGGACGCGGGCGCGCGCACGCGCACCGGGGCCUCCGCCAUGGCGACAGUGCUGUCCAGGGCGCUCAAGCUCCCGGGGAAGAAGAGCCCUGACCUAGGGGAGUAUGAUCCCCUCACACAGGCCGACAGUGAUGAGAGUGAAGACGAUCUUGUGCUGGACUUGCAGCAGAAGAACGGAGGGGUCAAGAAUGGGAAGAGUCCUCUGGGAGAAGCCCCAGAGCCUGACUCAGAUGCCGAGGUGGCAGGGGCUGCAAAGCCACAUAUUUCGGAGGGCCCCACAGAGGGGUACCCCUCGGAGCCCCUCGGAGGCCUGGAGCAGAAGACAACCUCUGCCAUCGUGUCCUAUGUGCGCACAUCUGUGUUUCUGCUGACCUUGGUGAUCUCGAUGGUCCUGGUGCUCGUAUGUGCAUUCCUGAUCCCCUGUCCCCCCAGAGAUCUGCACAGCACUUGGAGCCGCCACUUGGGCCCCCAGGGAGGUGGGGACCUGUCUCCAUUGCAGUUGGCUGAUGUGAAUGGAGAUGGCCUGCGCGAUGUGCUUCUCUCCUUUGUAACUUCAAGGAAUGGCAGUGCCGUCGGUGUCUCAAGGCCACCUGCUGUUCUUGUGUGCCUUUCGGGGAUGAACGGCAGCACACUAUGGUCCAGUCCUCUCCCUGAGGAGGCUCGAGAUAUUACAUGUUUGGAUCUGAUGCCAGGAAGCGUGGCCGGGACCAUCUGCCUUGUGACAGGGAUGCACAAGAUGUUCCGCGCAUUCAAUGCGACAUCAGGGAAAGCCAUUUGGACUUUAAACCCAAACUACCUAUCCAACGGUACCCUGGCUGCCCCAGGGGUGGUACUGCCAGAUGUGGACGAAGAUGGCGUUCGAGAUCUUGUGGUUCUGGCUGUUGGGGAAUCACAGCCAGAUGUGUGUUUUCUGCUGGUGUCUGGCCGGACAGGGAGUCCAGUGGGCCGACCUGUGAAGUACAACAUCGUGGGAGAGGGGAAUCUGAUUGGUCCUCAGGUCUACAUCACCGCCAAUGGGGCUGUCUACAUCCUCUUUGGCUUUGGAAAUAUCCAAGCUGUCGCCCUGCGGGACAUUUUUGUUCAGGCCCAAAAUCGAGACAGCUCACCACCUUCUCUGCAGAUAGAAGAGCCAGAAUGGGAGAAGCGAAGAUCCAUCAACCUGUCAGAACUCAUUGACAUUUAUAGCGAUGGUGUUGAGCUGCUCCAGAUGGUGAAGGCACCGGAUUCCAACUGCAGCAACCUCCUGAUCACAACCGGACAGGCCCUCGUCCUGCUUCGGGGACAGAACCUCACACCACACUGGACCCUGAGUCUCCAGGGCCUACACAGCCAGCCCACUCCUGGGUAUUUCACUGACGACCAGACGUUAGACUUCCUCCUGCAGAUACAGGAUGGAGUCGGGAUGAAAAAGAUGAUGGUGGUGGAUGGGGACUCCGGCUCUGUUAUUUGGAAUUACACUGCUCCAUGUCACUUGAAAAGAACACCGACCACCUCAGCAGUUACUUCAGACCAGAAGUCCGUCUUCCUCUUUUGGGCUGAAGGGCUGCCAGCUGCACCUUCCAAUUCCGAUGUCAUCCUAGGAACUGAGCCACCCAGCCUUCACCACCUGUACCUCCUGCACCCGGCGUUCCCCUCAAUUCUUCUGGAUCUGGCCAAUGCCACGGGCACAGUAACGGCUGCAGAGGUUGGAAUUAACGACCUCUGGAAAGAUGCCUUUUAUGUUACCAGGACAACGGGGCCAAGCUCCAAAGGCCACCCAGCACCCCUGGUGGUCAGCAAGCUUAGUCUGCGGUGGGCACUGAUGGAGGGCCAAAUGGUCCAGCUCAAGGAGACCACCCCCAAAAUUGGCCGUGGGGAGCUGCGCCGAUUCCUCUCUAGGAUCAAGUUUGUUGAUUCUCCCUUGCAGCAUGAAGAAAAUUCCAGCCACUGAUACUUGCACCUUUUCCCUAGAUCUAGUCGGUUGCAGCCUUUAGUUUAAGAAGAAGUGAGCAGAACGGAUGCUGUUUCUCUCCUGUCAGUAUAAAAUCAGUGCUUUGGAGAGAAGGAAGACUUCUUCAACCUCUUCUCGCCACCCCUGCGAGGUGGUGGCAGAGCACUUUGGAAGGCACGUUGGAGUUCUUCAGUAACGGCACGAACCAUGUGGUCGGGGUGUGUCACCUACUUUUUCAACCUGUGCAUUAACCUCCCACCUCUAGGCACUCUGUGUGGAUCAUUUGGAAAUGUGAAUCUAAUAAUUGUUUUGGUUUUUGUAUGUCUAACUUAUAAACUCUUACUGGGAGAUUCCAGUGAAGUUCCUCACUGGAGCAGUUUGUUUUGCAUCAUGCCAUGUGUGUGUGGUUUUCAGCGUUGUGAUGAAAUAUUUUCUAGCUAUGUCCUAAGCUCCAGGGACUCAGUUUCUUGUCCUGAAAUACAUCUUGUUUGUUUGGUCAUCUUGAGGCUUCCAGAGGCCUGCCUCUGAUGAUCAGGACCACUCAUCAUUCCUCUCCUCAUACUUUCCCCACCUGUUCCUCAGCUUUUUCCCAACCUCAGCAGAGUGAGAAAGACUGAUAGCAGGAGCCAGGGUGAGCCACCCCUACAUUCACCUCUUCCUUAUGUAUCCUGUCUCCUCACACUUCCCAUGUCUGCAUAUUGACUGACCAUAGAACCACCAUAUUCCCAUCAAAAGGGGAGCAAUGAUGAGGUCCACAUGUUACCCUGUGGUUUUAAUUGUUCUGCCGGUCCUCAUCUUUUUUACUGCAGUAACGUUGAAAGUGCUUAUGUGUAUGCUGUCCUCAACAUCGAGGAAAACUGAAGUUGGGAACAACUGAGGCAGAUCUGCUCUUCUCUGCUUCAUCUCUACUCUGCUUCCUUAGCAUUUCCUCCUUACUGCUUCUCUUUUGCUCUCCUUUAUUCAGGGAUAUUUUUGCUUUGCUUGCAUGAGAGCAGAGCUGUUUUUGGACCUUUCUUCUUGCUCCCGAGCCCAGGAUGCAUCUCUUUUGCCCUGUACACCUCUUUUCUGGUAGAAUCUUUGAAGCAUUAUAUUUUGAGAAAAACUCCUAUGUAAAUACUGUAACUUUUAUAAUUGGUUAAGUACUUUAGAAUUUUCUCCAGUGGUUCUCCCUUCUUCUACUAAGUUCUCUCCUAAACUUCUAGGUCAUGUAUAUUUAGCCGAGAUCCCGUGUUAACUGGAGGAGAACUGCUUUCUCCCGUGAAGUUUCGAUAAGUCAUCUCUGAGUGCCACUCAGGUUCUCUCUUUACUUGAGGCCGUAUUUUUUAACUUGUGUUAAUAAAGGAAUUCAGAAUAGAGAGAGAUUACAGAAAAUUAGGGAGCCUACAUUGAUGGGAUAGUAACUACCCCAUUAGGCAUUAUGACAUCACAGAAGGUUGGUAGCAAUAGCUCCCCUCAGGCAUGUAGCCUGUCCUGAGGUUGGCCUUGCUAUAGGUUUCUUGCUGCCUUAAGUCUGUGAAAGCAAAUUUGGUUUCAACACUUUGGAAGGCAUGUGUUGGGGCAUGAGUAGGCCAAGCUUAUUACAAACUUGAGGGACCAUUAACAGUGUACCCAGGAGUAUGGGGAUGAUUCCAGAUGUACUUCUAGGGUUUGAAUCUACCUGGAUAGAAGAGAGUAAGGUCUAGUAGAGAAUGCUAAGACUCAUUAUUUAUAGUUGACAGAAUACCUAAAACUUGGGUGGUGCUCCUGCAGCCUGGGCUGAGCCAUGGAGGCCUCAGCCUGGUUCUCUACCCAUGUUGAGGCCUUUAGGCAGGAGUAACAUGUGAAGUUGUUUUCUGAGGACCUGGUUUAGGGGAUUGUUUUAGGUAGUUGUGCUGGGUGAAUCCCAGAAACAAUGUAAGAGGAAGCUAGAAAAACAUAAUGCCCCUAAAUUCUUCAUGGUGUGUUUGCAAAUUAACAUAGAUUGUUUUGACUGUGAUAAGUUUGACUCUCUUUGCUAAACAUGGUACAAGCUCUAGGUUUCCUCUCCCUCUUGCAGCCAGUACAGAAGGUGUAAAUGGUGGCAGAGAUGGUGGAAGCUUCAUCUGACCAGUGUGGCUGCGGGUUUCUUGUUCAGUGUGUCUCUAAACAACUUUUCCUCUCAGGCAACCACCCACCCAGAUUUCAUUCUUCAUUUCCUACAUGGGGUUGCCAGCAAGGCCAAUGUGACAGUUCCCUAGAAAUAGUACUGGCUUCUGCAAGUGCAGGGGUCUUUCUCCUCCCAGUCUCUUCUCUUUCCGUCCCUUAGAAACCCUCUCCACCCCCCAGACGGUGUAUGCUGCCCUUGAAUGUGAAUUGCUGUCCUUAUUGCCCAUGUUAAAGAAGAGCCAGCUGGUGUGUUGUCAGGAAGUACUAUUUAAAAUGUGAACUGUUAGGUCAAUGGGGGAAAAAGGAGACAUAUGUAAUACCGUCAACAAUAAGGAUUUAAAAAUAAAUAAAUAAAUAAAUAAAAUGUGAACUGUUACAGAACAAAUAAAUACCAUGAAUAGGAACAUA